UUUUUUUUUCUCGGCGUUUCGCUCCCGCCGUUCGCCCGCCUCUCCGGCAGACGAAGCGUUCUACUCUGCCAGAAUGUAUCCCGCCUCUGGCGACAUAUCGGGAAAAGAUGCGGGAUAUGCUCUGGGGACUGGUCUGGGUCACGUGGACGGCCGUGACGAGUGGUCGCUCGAAAGCACCGAGGCAGCCAGCGACACAGCUUCUGAGUAUACUCCCGUGGACAGUGCGUGGUUUUCCGUGAAAUUAGAAGAGGAAACCUGGCACGUGGCCCGGCCCAGCGCUGCCACAAAACCAGCACUGGGGGAGCCCAAAGCUGGAUCUGCCACCCAGAAAGCCCGGAUCCAGAAGCAAAAGAAGUCGAGCUGGAACAUUCCAAUCAACGGGCCACUCAACUGGCCAGCCACCAGGAAACCGCGUCCAGGUCUCGAAAGAGUGGAGUUUGAUCUGCCUGUAUCAAAGCGCAGGUGGGAGCAGAUCUACACAAUUGCAAAUCCUGACAGGCCAAGGCCGGGGCCCCGGCGUGCAGCGUCCUCGUUCGAGAAGUGGCUGGACU